CUCGCAUGUAACAUAGAUUCGAUGACAACCAUAUUUUAGAUAUAGGAAGGAGAAUACGAGUGAUGUUGUCGUCAGAUAAAUUUCGGAGUUAGCCGACUUGAUAGCAACACGGUGAUGAGAGUCGGGGAUGAGCUUACUGAGAGGUUGCCACACGGUUGAUUGUCGUGUUCCGAUGAAAAUAUAUGGGGAUAGCACUAGUGCAAUACUGAUUGCCAUUAAUCAUGUACUGGCACUGCAUGACAGAACCAAUCACAUUGAGGUUCAUGUUCAUUAUUAUCAGACAGUUAGUGGCUGGAGGGGUGAUUCAGAUUGGUUAUCUAUCUACAGAGGAUCAGACCGCAAAAUUACUCACCAAAGCAUUGGCGUCGAGUCAACAUUGGUACUUGUCUUCCAAAUUGAUGUUGCGUACCACACAUCAAUUUGAGUGAGGGUGUUGUUUUGUACUCUUUGGGUACCAAUAUGUAAAUAUAGAAGCCAAGUUGUUUACUCUCUAAUUAGGUUUAGUGUCUAUCCUUAUUCCUUAUAUAGAGUCGAGUUGUAUAUUGAUGUAAGGUUAAGCCGUUUGACGUAUAGUGAAAUUGUUUGGAAAACACAGCCUCUAUCGUGAAUUAGUCAUGAUCUUCAGAGAUACCAUGUUAAAUUCUCGGUGUUAUUUCUUUCGAGUUCGUACUAAUUUGACAAUGGUACCAAGAAUGUAAUAUACUCCUCUCCAUGUACAGUAAAAAUCCUUGGGAAUCGCGCCAUUAAUUAUUGCGGUCAAACACAAAUAGUGAGUUUUAAAAUUUACGCCAAAAUAAUUGAUGAUCAUCAUUUCCACUAAAAAUAAUUAAUUACAGCAUCGCAAAAUCAUGAAUCCUACCAUUAACCGAUAACUUUACAUUUUUGCCAAUCAAGCAUCAUCAUCUCUCAUUUGUAUAUUUAUUUAGGAUAAUAAUUUGAGAAGGUAAAUUGCACUGUGAAAAAUAGCUGGAUUUCGUUUGGAUGUGAAAGUGAUAACGGAUUAAUUUAAUUUAAUUAUCUUGUUUUUAAACAAUUAUAUCAUAUUGAUUGGUUUUGCCAACUAUUAAAUUUGAAUGCAUCAAUUUGGUUUGGAGAAUUUUGAAUUGAAUGAGGAGUUCCAAAUUUCUUGGGCGAAGUCAGGGGUCGUUUGGAUGAAAGAAUUCUAACAGAUCAAUUUGACCUAGUUGCUUCAUUUUGAGAUAAUUGAGUCAGACUGACUCGUUUGAUAGAACAAAAUUUGGACGAAGCAAUUUGACAUGAAGAAUUUGGAAUCAAAUCGUUUUGAGACAAUUACAAUUGUUUAGAUUGAUAACAGGUAAUUCGAAUGGACUCAUUAUAAAUGACUCGUUUUACAAAACAAGCCAAUGGAUCAAACUAUCUCAUUUCUGAACUAAUCCAUCCAAACUAUCCCCAUAUUAAUUGAAUCGAAAGGCGACAGACGGAUUCACAAAUUGAAAUCUCACAUCAUCGAGUUAUGGAGAAAUAAAAUUUUAUAGGUGCUAUAAUAUAUAUAUUUUGGUUUAGGUAAGGAAAUUAUAUAUAGAAAUUUGCAUAGAAAUAGGCAUGGGAUGAACCACAAAUUGAAAAAGAGCAUUAUCCUCCCCACAACUGUUCAAUGAGAUGCAUUGGAUUCCGGUUGGAGUUGCGUUAAUCUGAGAGAGUUCAAAAUCAAAUGUCAACGGGAAACCAUAAGAAUGUUAUUCAUGCAAUGAAUAAUAAUCAUAUUAAUUUCUCACCUUUCAGCUUUAAUCUUAAGUGUUACAGUUUCCCAACGAAAUUAAAACAACUUGACCCCUAUGUAAUCAUCUUCAAAUUUGUGAUAACACGAUACUCAGUUUCAACAGAUGAACGCGUAACGGCUCGUUGCUUCUUAGUGCAUCAAGAGAUGAGAACACCCCGGAGACUGACAAGAUACCCCGUAGUAAAGCACCCGUCCCAACCAACUUCUACAAUAGGCGGUAAGGGUCAGAUCAUUCGCAACAGUGAAGAACAAGUCUUGCCCAAGACGGAGACUUGAGAUAACGCAUGAUACCAAAGGCAAAUUCCAUGUGCAUUUGACUGGGCGAACUAACAAACUGGCUUAGGACUUUAACCGCAUAAGCGAUAUCCGGACGUGUGACCGUCAAAUACAACAAUCGGCCAGCGGAUCGCCGAUAUUGGGAAGGAUCGGUAAUAGUGAUACACACAUGCUUAUGAUUAAAACCAUCUAUAUCUUAUGAGCUUACUUUGUUCAUAUUCAUUGGUUUGAUAACAUUGUAUAUCUCACAUUUACAAAUUUGAGUAAGUGGGCAAAUACGUCUCGUUUAUAAUUAACAAGAGAAAUUAUGUAUUAUAGAUUGCUUCGAUACUAAUUACUAUGAAAUUAUAUGAUAUGAAAUAGUUGUAAUUUAUCAACUAAAUAAUAUGAUACCAGGGUAUAUAAACACGAGAUCAAUUAAUUGUAUUUAUCAUACAUAUAUGCACAUAUUAUAGUAUUUUAUUUAUCAAUUAAUAGAAUUAGUGAUUUCAAUUACGAGCCAACAUUUUAAUGUGUGAUUCGAUUCAGAUUUUACUCGAUUUAUCUCGUUGAUAAACGAGCGAAACACAAACUCGACUCAACUCAGCUCGACCAUGUAACUAUUCACUCCGAGUGAUUCAUGAGUCCUCUCUACUUUUCCUCAUCUCCUUCCUUCCUAAUUCCCCACCGCCAUUUUCCUCUCCAUAAAUACUCUCUUCCAUUUCCUCACACCAAAUUUCUCCACCCCUUUUCCCUUCCCUCCACCGCCCCUGCCUCAGGGCUACUUCACUAAUCAACCAAUUCCACCGGCGACCCACGAAAAUGGAGGUGGUAAAGCCGGUUCCGGCACCGCCGUCGCCGGAAUUCAACUUCGACAGCUCAUGCUCUUCCCCUUACAUCACCGCCCCUUCCAGCCCUCAGCGCUUCGGGACCAACUUCUUCUUCAGCGCACCCACCAGCCCCUCCGCCACCUCCUCCUUCUUCCUCGACGAUUCCAUGGCCGCCGCUGCCGCCGAUUCCUCCUCCGCCGUUCCUUUCGAUUGGGAAGAAAAGCCCGGGACGCCCAAGCGUAACAGUAGUAACAGAGCCAAGAGUGCUGAGUUUUUCGACGACGAUUACGAUUUCGAAUUCGAUUUCAGCGGUCAGUUGGGUAGGAGCUCGUUAUCCGCCGCCGACGAGCUUUUCGACGGCGGCAAGAUCCGGCCGUUGAAACCCCCUCCCGGGUACGAUUCGGGCGCCGGAUCCUCCGUCGCUUCUCCCCGGUCCCCGCGAUCUCGCGCGGCGGAGAAAAACAGAGAUUUCGACCCUUUUCGGGCAGCGAUUGAAGAGAAUCGGAAGCGAGAUGCAGAGGAAGAACGGGGAAGAGGACGGAGAGGAGCGAUCGGCGGUUAUUCGGGGCAGAAUUCUGAUUCCAGUUUCGACUCUGUUUCCGGCCGUCGGGGGACCAGCAGGUCGCUUUCGCCGAUGAGAAUCUCCGACGUGAUGUUGGAGCAGGAGCAGGACGACUGCAAUUCCGAAUUCAACCCUGUCGCCGGCGGCGAGAAGCAGUCCUACGCGGCGGCUUUCCUGUCGGCGAUUUCGUUUUCGUCGAAAGGGAAGUACAAGAAGUGGAAGCUGAGGGACUUCCUCCUGUUCAGAAGCGCGUCGGAAGGGAGGGCGACGAGGGCGGAGCAGUUGUCGGCGGCGGCGAAAUACGCGGUGCUGUCGAGGAGGGGUUCGCCGGCGGCGGCAGUGGAAGCGAGGGACUGCAGCAGCUUCCGGUCGACGGAGAGCUUGGGGAGCUCGCGGCGGGCGGUGUCGGCGCACGAGAUGCAUUACACGGCGAACAGAGCGGCGGCGGAGGAGAUGAAGCGGAAGACGUUUCUGCCGUAUAAACAGGGGCUGUUGGGCUGCCUGGGAUUCAAUCCGACGGCGGUUCCUGACAUUUCCAGAGGAAUUGGGUCUUUGACACGUGGAUAGAAUUUUUUUCUUGUUCAUUUUUCCUAAUUUAUUUCUGGUUUUUGGGAUCGAUAAAUAUUCAAUUAUGAACUGUUAUACCAUUCUUCGGGUUACUCUCUUUGUAAACGAUGAUCAAUGGAAAUAGUGUUAUAAAUUUAAAUUCAUUCUAUUUUGAUUUUUGAUUGGGUCGGCUAAUGGAUUUAGAUAUGAAUGCGUUCCACAAGAGGGUUUGUUCAUAUGAAUUGUAAGAGUAUCCUAAUUAAAAAUUGUAGAAGCUGAACAUGAACGAGUGAUCUCUUAAUCUUAUGUAGUAAUAAAAGUUUGAUUUGUCUUCUUGACCUAAGGAUCAUUAAGGAAGAAAAAUUGGGAUUGGUUGUCAUUUUUUAGUGCAAUUUGGACAAAGCGAGUUCAUAUAAGAUAAUGUUCAAAAACUAUAGACGGGACUUAUUAAACCUGGCGAGAGAAGGAAGAUCGAUGUCCUUGUAUGGAUUUACGUGCAAGAGAUAUAGUUAACCUGUACAGAUAACAUGACGGUGGUUAUUAAUAUAACUAGUAUUGACAACAAAACCAAUGAGCAGAAAAAUCAUAUUGAUAUAAGAUGGAGUUGCAGAAGUCUUGACGAUGAAGCAUAGAUUAGAUCGACUUGGAGAAGAAGAAACAAAAUGUUUCGCUUUUCAAAUUUUGUAUAUUACUUUGUAUGCCAUUUAGGUGGAACAAUAACGCUCUGUAAUAACCGUUAUUAGCUAAUAGCAUGUAAUAACUUGAUACAUGUAAGACCCAGCUAAAGUAGCAACAUACAUGGACCGAAAAUGUCAUGAAUUCUUACUAAUAAUUCACAAGUCGAUCAAAUCAAGAACUAUGAAUAUGUUUUUUCCGCUAUUCGUCAUUCUAAAUGGUCCAUCUUUUCUCGAUAUUAGUCCUCCAAACAAAAGGAUUACAGAAAAAAAAAAACCAUUCAACCAAAAGGCAUUGAGCAGGGCAUAGAGACAGGACACAUGGGUUGUAAAGGAAAAUUUUCAAUAUGGCAUAAUCAUUAGGGUUGUGGAAAUUAAAGGGAAAAAGGGUUUAGAUUCAAGAAAACUAACUAAUUAAUUAAAUAGAUACAAAUCAAAAGAAUUAACAUUGCAUCAUGGAGUUAUACAGUGUAAAGCAGAAGAGGACCACACGAAUUCAUUUUCGCCGUUCUUAAAGAAGUUUUUUAUUUAUUUAAUGUAUCUGUAUCAGUACUAAUCAAAAUAUCAAAUGAAC